ACCGACCCCUUUCACUGCGGCUCCAUCGCCGAGCGGACUGGCCCGCUGCUCUCAUCCGAGACCUCAGUGCAGACUGUCGGAUCUAUAAAACCUACAGCGCCGGCUCCCUGAAAGCCUCCAGCUCCUGUACAAAUGCAAGCGAUCAAAUGUGUGGUGGUGGGCGACGGGGCUGUGGGUAAGACCUGUCUGCUGAUUAGCUACACCACCAAUGCCUUCCCUGGUGAAUACAUCCCCACUGUCUUCGAUAACUACUCUGCCAAUGUGAUGGUGGAUGGGAAACCAGUGAAUCUGGGCCUUUGGGAUACAGCAGGACAGGAGGACUACGAUAGGCUCAGACCACUGUCUUACCCACAGACGGAUGUGUUCUUGAUAUGCUUCUCCCUGGUCAGUCCGGCCUCCUUUGAGAACGUCCGAGCUAAGUGGUACCCUGAGGUGAGACACCACUGCCCCAACACACCCAUCAUCCUGGUGGGCACCAAGCUGGAUCUGCGAGAUGACAAGGACACCAUUGAGAGGCUGCGAGACAAGAAGCUUUCCCCCAUCACCUACCCGCAGGGCCUGGCCAUGGCAAGAGAGAUCGGGGCUGUGAAGUACCUGGAGUGCUCUGCACUGACCCAGCGAGGCCUGAAGACGGUAUUUGAUGAGGCCAUCCGAGCCGUGCUCUGCCCUCCGCCUGUGAAGAAAAGGGGAAAGAGGUGCACCAUGUUCUGAGGAGGAAACCUUGCUAAAACACUUCACUACAUCACCAUGAACAACAACCACUACUUCUCUGAGAGGAUGAGAGAAAACUAGCGAGAGUGAGUGUGCACUGCUGAGAUUGCUUUCUUUAUAUUGAUGUUUUUUCAAAGCGAUAUUGGUAACAAGACCAAUACUUAAUCCAAUUUUUUUACCAUUACUGAAUAGGCUCAUAGGUUCUCUGUGAAAGACAUUGACUAUCCACCUACUUUGUACUCAUAGAACCACAUCAAGUUGCCAUGAGGGCUGACAAAGGUUUCUAAUACUCGUCUUCAUACUGCGACAUCUCUUCUGUUUCAGCCACGCUUGCUUGAAUUAAUGCGGUGUUGACUAGAUAGAAAGUGAACUAUGAAUAAGCCUUCAGGUCUGAAGUUACCCUCAGCUCCUGAUCUAAGAUCAGCAUGUGGAGAAAAAAUGCAUACUACUGGCAUGCACACACAAAUCUGUUGCUCCUGACAGAACAAACAAAAUACUACUGCCUGCAUUCACUAAACUUCACAAAUAGAUCAUGGUUUAAUGUGUUUUCUCUACAAGAAAUGUGAUAAGUUCCAGGGAAUUUCUAGUUAAUUACAGCCUGGGUCUUAUUUUGUAGUUUUAGCCCUCAUUCCAAUCAAUAAUAAUGUACUCACUAAAGUCACUGCUGAGAUUUAAGAACGCAAAGUCUGAUGAGUCAGACUGCACUUUCAAGCAAAUUCAGCAGUUGUUCUUAGCCAUAAGACCCUCAUUUAUUGAGGGACCCUUUGUCAAAACCUAUUGUCAGACCAUUAUUACUUCAGAUUUUUGCUAAUAUGUUGCAUAUUGCCAAAUCAAUGUAUUUAAUCAAAUGAACACAGAGAAAAUCUGGGGCCAGAUAGUGACCAUGGUCAAAUGACCAUUUGUAUAUCAGUUACUCACUGAGCGUUGAAUUUGUGAAGAAAACGUUUUUUUCGCAUGCCUACACAGUGAAUAAAGAAUCCAAAAAAGGUGAACAUUCUUGAUGAAUUGAAGUCAUUUGGGAAAAAGUUUAACAACAGCCAAACUAUAUCAAAAUAUCUGUAUACAAACUUUGAGACUCUGAUUAUACAGGAGCUGCAUGAGAGUUUGUAAACAGAUAUUUUGAUAUUGUUUUGCUGUUUUAAAUGCGGCCCAAUUUGUGAACAAUGAUGCUUUUUUUGGAUUCUCCAUUCACCAUGAUGGCAUGAGAGGAAAAAAAGAGUUUUUUUUCACAAAUUCAAGACAGUAGGUGGUGCGUGUUUGAUAUACAAAUGGUCAUUUUGCGGGUGAGGCAUUCCUUUAAGGAAUGGGGAAUAUGGGUUAAUGGUGUUCAGACAUCUCAGCAAUAAUUUGGAUGAGUGCAGUGUCAUUGAUACUGAAAGGAAUGAUGUACAAAACUAUGAACAUGUUCUUCUGAAAGGUUUACAUGGGAGCAUAACAUUGUAAGAUUAGUGACUUAACUCCAGUGUCUCUGAACCCAUCACAUUUUUGGCUUUCCUCAUUACGUUUGCACAAAUCCUCAAUCCUAAACGUACUGUAAGAUCGAGUGUGAAGGCUCAAUCUUGAGCUAGUUUGACAAAAAUAUUUUGAUCGGUUAUCAGUUCCACUUACUUGGUUUUAGCUUUCAACCACACCUUGCAGCCUGUUCAGCAGCGGAGUUUGCUCAGUCGAAGAAGAUGAGGUGUUGUGCAAUUUACAAGUUCAAGCAUUACAUUUUUCAAGCUUAACUUGCAAAUAUUAGUUGAGCUUUUAACAUCAUCUUAUGGUCUUCAUCAGAAUAGGCCAUGAGAUGAUGAAGACUUCUGUGGGUCAUUCACUGGGUCUUCUUUGCUAAUGCAGUCCAUGAGGUAUGGUUGAAAGCUCUGGAAAAAGCUACUAAGUGAACUUUGAGUUAAGAUCAUUUUGUCAAAUUAUGCCUGGUUCACAUUACACGACAUUUCUGUUCGUUUUAACAGUCACUGUGUCACAUUAGGCUAUUGUGGAGUCAUGAAAUCGUGCCGUGACUUGGCCGACAGACAUGACACACUACACAAGGGACCACACUAAUUAUCCCUGGUCGUCUUUC